CAGUAAGGUACAGAGGCAAAAGGGCUAGCACUGAUUGUGAAAAUCCAAUAGCCAAUGGACUGUAACCUUGGAGGCGCGGCGGCCUUGUGAUUGGCUGGUGUGGGUGGGGUUCUGUCAGUGUUAGUCUGGUGCUUGGAGUGUGGGAGAAAGUGAAGGGGCCUCCCGAGGCUCGGAGCCCACGGCCAGGCCAACCUAUGGAGCUGGAGAAUAUAGUAGCAAACACCGUGCUGCUCAAAGCAAGAGAGGGCGGUGGGGGCAACCGAAAGGGCAAAAGUAAGAAAUGGCGUCAGAUGCUGCAGUUUCCUCAUAUCAGCGACUGCGAGGAGCUGAGACGCAGUCUGGAGCGAGAUUAUCACAGUCUUUGUGACCGACAGCCUAUAGGACGCCUUCUUUUCCGCCAGUUUUGUGAGACGCGGCCGGAGUUACUAAGAUGUGUGCGCUUUCUUGAUGCUGUUGCUGAAUAUGAAGUAUCUCCUGAUGAAAAGCGUAAAGAAUGCGGGCAGCAACUGAUUGAAAAAUAUCUCACUGCUACGAGUGAAGAUUACAUCACCGAAGUCCCAGAGCAUAUGGUCCUCAGUUGCACUGAAAGUCUAGAAAUAAAUCCAUGCAAAGAGCUUUUUAAAGAGCCUUCUAAGCUUGUUCAUGACUUCCUGAGCAUGGCUCCAUUUUCAGAUUACUUGGACAGUUUGUAUUAUAACCGCUUUCUGCAGUGGAAGUGCCUGGAGAGGCAACCGGUUACAAAGAACACUUUCCGACAGUACAGAGUUUUGGGCAAGGGGGGCUUUGGAGAGGUGUGUGCCUGCCAAGUGAGAGCCACAGGGAAGAUGUAUGCCUGCAAGAAACUGGAGAAGAAGCGCAUCAAGAAAAGGAAAGGGGAAUCAAUGGCUCUAAAUGAAAAGCAGAUCUUAGAGAGAGUCAACAGCAGGUUUGUAGUUAGCUUAGCCUACGCCUAUGAAACUAAAGAUGCUCUCUGCCUGGUACUAACCCUGAUGAAUGGAGGAGAUCUGAAAUUCCACAUUUACCAUAUGGGAGAUGCUGGAUUCGAUGAGGGGAGAGCGAUAUUCUAUGCAGCAGAAAUCUGCUGUGGCCUUGAGCAUCUACAUCAAGAAAGGAUAGUUUACAGAGAUCUCAAGCCAGAAAAUAUUUUGCUCGAUGAUGACGGACAUAUAAGAAUCUCAGAUCUUGGACUUGCAGUACAUAUUCCAGAAGAUCAAACUAUUAAGGGAAGAGUAGGGACUGUUGGAUAUAUGGCUCCAGAGGUGGUGAGAAAUGAGAGAUACACCUUCAGCCCAGAUUGGUGGGCACUUGGGUGUCUGCUAUAUGAGAUGAUUGAGGGCCAAUCCCCUUUCCAGCAAAGAAAAAGAAAGAUAAAACGGGAAGAGGUUGAGAGGCUGGUAAAGGAAGGGCAAGAAGAGUAUUCUGCAAAGUUUUCACCUGAUGCCCAAUCUUUAUGCAAAAUGUUACUUUUGAAAGACCCCAGUGAGCGCCUAGGGUGCCAUGGAAGAGGCGCUCAGGAGGUGAAGGAGCAUCCCCUCUUUAAGCAGAUAAACUUUAAGCGUCUUGAAGCUGGGAUACUGGAGCCCCCCUUCAAACCUGAUCCUCAAGCUAUUUACUGUAAGGAUGUCUUGGAUAUAGAGCAGUUCUCUACAGUAAAGGGCGUUGAUCUGGAGCAGACAGACAAUGACUUCUACCGAAAAUUUGCCACAGGCAAUAUCUGCAUUCCCUGGCAGAAUGAGAUGGUGGAUACAGACUGUUUUUGGGAGCUAAGCGCACUGCCCACAGAUGGAAGCAUACCACCUGACCUGGAUUGGAGGGGGCUACCAUCCCCACAACCCAAAAAGGGACUACUUCAGCGUUUCUUUAGCAGACAGGACUGCUGUGGCAAUUGCAGCGAUAGUGAAGAGGAGCCAACGCGCUUAUAGCCCCAGUGGGGCCCUGGAAUUGAACUGCUAACUAAGAUGGAUCAGUUUACAUGUUUUGCACAUUUACAGCCAUAUAACUUCCCUGCUCAAAAGGGCUGCUAUUCAGCGCGCUUGGGAGUUUCUCCGAGUUUGGGAGUUAAAGAUUCAAUAGUAAUGUAUAAAGUCACAUCUUUCAAUAUAGGAAUGUAUAUUUUUAGUGCCUUGUCCCACAGGUAUUGUAUCACCUUCCCUUGCUGCCACAGGCCUUAAGGACUUUAUUGGCCUCUUAGGAAGGACACGUCUGUGGAAAUCCCUAUUGAGAAUGUUGGUUUCUUUCUUUUUACCUAUGUGCUAAGAGAUGUUUUUAUUUUGUUUAUGAAAAACAAAUGUUUUUAUAUAUAUAUACAUAUAAAAUAUGUAGCUUAAAGACCUUCCUUGCCUACAGAACCACCUCCUUAUUAUGUUUACUUCUGGCACCUGUUUUUUGUGUAUUUUUUUUUAUUGCAAUAAUAUAUAAAGUUAAAUGAAUAUGUUUUUAAAAUUUAAAAAUCCAAUGUGAAAUGCUCUGUCGGAAACUGUCAUGAGAGCCAAUAAUUUAUUUCAAUGGUCCUUUCCUGUGCCAGGGACACACAAUCCCAUUACAAAGUCACCAGUGCGUUGGCUUGGAAUUCAUUUCAGCAUCCCAACAUUUUGUGCAUAUACAGAAGAACUUUUCUUUAUUUAAGCAUGCAUCUUGGCAUAAUGCACCAGUGUAAACUAUAAGAAUGAUUUCUAAGCACCCCUGAUCUGUAAUGAGUUGGCUAGCUACCCUAAUUCAUAAUAUACUGGUUAUGGAUUCUCACUGUCCUUAUAGCAAGCACACAGUGGCUGCCUAACACACGGGUGGUCAUUUUUUAAUGCAAUCUCGCUUGCCCUUUACAAACACUGAUUAGACACUAAUGGAAUAAGCAAUGACCAUGGGUGGAGUGGAACUUAGCUAGCGGCCAUUAUGUGACAUGCUCAAGUGGAGUAAUGUCUAUACAGGUAAAGCCCAUGCUGCUUCAGGUGGCUUAUAUAUUUAAAGAAGUAAUUAACCUUAAAUUUAAUUUAGUAUGAGUGCCCUAUUCCUAGCAAUUUUUCAGCCUUUAUUCUUUAAAGUUUUUGUUUAUUUGUCUUUCUUUUCUGCCUCUUUCUAGCCUUCAAAUGGGGGUCAAUAACCUGGGCAGGUAUUGCUUUGUAAGACUACAAUUUCAUACUUUUUAUUACUUGUCUAACUAUUCCGGCUCUCUCCUAUUCAUCUCCCAGGUUGAUUUAAACCACUGCCUGGUUACUAAGGGAAAUUGUACCCUAGUAACCAGAUAGCUGCUGAAAUUUCAAUCUGUUGAGCUGCUAAACAAAAACCAAAUCAUCCAAAAACAACAAAAAAAAGACCAAUUUCAGGUUGAUGCAGAUUACUCUCUACAUUAUACUAAAAGUUAAUGCAACAGUAAACGACCCCUUUAACUAAAAAAAAACAGUUUGAUUUUAUGUAUAAAGUAAAACCAUGCAUUUUUAUUUUUUUUGUACUGACCAAUUUGUCUUUUUUACCUAUCCUUGCACCUUUUAAAGCCCCAUCUGCAAAAGACUCACAUAUAAGGACAUUUCUAACUCAAUGACAUGUAUUCUAAAUGUGUUUGUUCUACUAAAUGCUUCAUCAAGAUCAUACUUGCUAAUAAAUGUUGAAUAUACCACUUUUUAACUUA